CUCUGUAUUAUAACAAAGAAAGAACGGUUGGUGUCGACAAGUGCAGUUAGUUGUGUUUCGUGCAAUCCAAAUUUCCUUUUAAUAUUAAAGAAAAUCGUCGAAUUGGUCCAUUAAUUUCUAAAUUCUAAAUCGUAUGAGGUGAUCCGGAUGAGGAUGAUGCCAAUUUCUCAAAAAUUUAUACGUAAAGAUACAGUUAAACAAAGAAAAAAACUGUCCAGCGUUUGACCAUUGAAAAAACAUCCGAGUGGGGAGCGCAGAGAAAGGUCAAAAGAAACAAAGAAGAGAAAAGAUUAAACAGAAGCAGUAGUUAAAUAAAUUGAAUGAAGAUAAACCUAAUCAUUAAUUAGAUCAUCAUAUACCCACUGCCAUUACUUUAAUGUACGUUAUUAGACUAAAUUAAUAUAAAUUAAUUUUCACUAUCAUUAAAAGAUUUAAAAGAAAUCAAUUAAAAAAAACAGAAAACCAAAAUAUAUUCAUAAUUAAAUAAAUACAAUUUUUAAAUCAAUAUAUUUUUGUAAACGUGAAAGAAAAGCGUAGGAAACGUAAAUUAAACAUCAUUAUGUCCAACCAUUAUCAUAAUCAUAAUUCCUACAAUUCGGUUGGUAACAGUAGUGGGUCCAAUCAACUCUAUACUAAUGGCGAUGGUAAACACGAUUACAAUCACCACCAGGGAGUGGUUAGGUUAACAAAUGGUUAUGCUAUGAAGCCAUUGGAUAAUGUGGCCGUACCCGACAUGUGUUUGUUUUGUUUUGAGGUAUUAGAUUGUGAGCUCAACAAUAUGGAGGGACCAGGUACUCCACCAUUUACUAACGAUGCUUACCCUUUAUUCGUUACCUGGAAGACGGGACGUGAUAAACGUUUACGCGGUUGUAUUGGAACAUUUAGUGCUAUGCAUCUUCAUUCGGGUUUGCGCGAAUAUGCCUUAACUAGCGCUUUAAAAGACUCACGUUUUGCUCCCAUCUCACGUGAUGAACUACCAAAAUUGACAGUUUCUGUAUCGAUUUUGCAAAAUUUCGAAGAGGCCAAUGGACAUUUGGAUUGGACAUUAGGUGUACAUGGCAUACGUAUUGAAUUCAUCAAUGAAAGAGGUUGUAAAAGGACUGCUACUUAUUUGCCGCAAGUAGCUACAGAGCAAGGUUGGGAUCAGAUACAAACAAUAGAUUCUCUUUUGCGAAAAGGUGGUUAUCGUGCUGUCAUUACACCAGAGACACGUAAAGCUAUUAAAUUAACCCGCUACCGUUCUCAGGAAAUUCAGAUGAACUACAAGGAAUACCGUGAAGUUUUAGAACGUCGCGGUCAAUACUGCAAAGUGCAAUGCUAACAAAUAGCGUUUAAUCGUUUUAAACAAAAACCGCAAAGAGAAAAUAAUAAACGCCAAGAGAAAACGUUUCAAUUUAGUUUAAAUUUUUAACAAAUUCUCUUUGCUUUACAAACAAUAUAA